AUGUACGGUGUUAUAUUUUUAGCGCUGUCAGUUCUUUCUGUGGAGUGUCUAUCCGUCCAUCGCCCAGGAUUCGUCCUUAGGAAGGCGGGGAACGCCUUCGUCGUUCGAGACCACCGUUUCGGUGGUCGCUGGAGCAACCACGCAGCCUUAAAUCAGCAGAGCACCAGUCUAGAAGCCAAUGUGUGCGAGGAAUCCGGCAGUCAGACGCGCGAUGCGCCUGCUGUAGCCAACAGCUCCAAGACCCUCUACCUGGUGAACCCUCGCGGCUUCUGCGAAGGCGUACGCCGUGCCAUUCGCACUGUGGAGGAAGCAGUGCGUCUAUUUGGUCCUCCCGUCUACGUAAAGCAUGAAAUCGUGCACAACGAAUUUGUCUGCAACCGGCUACGCGCCAAGGGCGUCAUCUUCAUAGAGGACCUUGAGACCGUUCCCGAGGGCAGCACGCUCAUCUUCUCUGCGCACGGAGUGUCUCCUGCCGUGAAGGAACUUGCCCGCAAGAGAAAUUUUGUCGAAAUCGACGCCUCAUGCCCACUGGUGAACAAGGUCCACGUCUACGUCAAGAAGAAGGCUGAGGAGGGGUACAAGAUCGUGUUAAUCGGUCACAAGAACCACGUGGAGACCAUUGGGACAGCGGGUGAGGCGCCCGGCGUAACCACCGUGGUUGAGACCGUUGAUGACGUCGACCAGCUAGAUUAUCCGGAAGGCACGCCGCUGUUCUACGCCACACAGACAACACUGAGUCUCGAUGAUUGUAAGGUAAUCAAGGAUCGGCUGCUGGAGCGGUUCCCUUGGAUCGAGACGAUCCCCAGCGGCUCCAUUUGCUACGCCACCACCAACCGCCAAACGGCGGUGCAAAAGGUCUGCGCUGUUUGCGACCUUAUGCUGGUUGUCGGUAGCACGCUCUCAUCGAAUGCUAAAAGGCUGCUUGAGACGGCCACCGUGAGGAACAUAAGGGGGUACCUGAUACCUAAUGCGGAUGCGGUUACCGAGGAAAUGAUCGGGAACGCCACCCGUGUGGCGGUGUCCUCAUCUGCUUCAACUCCGGAAGAACUCACGAACGGGGUCGUGGAAAAGCUGGCCAGUCCACCAUUCAACUUUUCCGUUGAAUUUUUCGACGGGGGCGAGGAGCGCGUGCCGAAAUGGCGAUUGCCGAGGAACCUGGAGACGUUCAUAAAAGAACACGACAGUAAGACUGAAGCAGCGGAGGCGCAAUAA